AACAAAACAAAAUGUUACCUACCUGUUUGUCGUGCCAUGUGAAAAGCAAUGGCAUGAUAGCCAUUUAUCAGCAUCCAAAUGGAUUGGACGAGAUGUUCCAAUCAAUUACUGCAAUCGUGGUAGAACCGAACGAUCACCUAUGUGUUCCAUGUUACGAUGAUCUAAAAUCAGCUCAUAAAUUUAAGCAAAGAUGCAUUCAAAACAAUGUGACUCGCAUAUCCAGACAAGCCAAGACAAUAAACGAUGAACACCCUACGGAGCAUAAUGCAAGUUGCAGCGCCGACGUGUCCACAACAUGCGACGUAUCUCUACCCAUGCUGGAAGUGAGCAAAGCACCUAACGGCCAAAAGCCUGAAGAAGAGGUUGAGCAGGCCGUUGUUGAUGACCCCCAACAAGACCAAACAAAAGAUAGACCAAAGGAACAUGACUUAAAGGGAGAGCAUGUAGAAUUUAUCAUCGACAUAAAUGUAGAACCCACUGAGGAGGAGCACUUGGAGCCGGCAGAGAAGGAUGCGGAUUUCGUGCUAGUGCAUGUAGCCUCCGAGGAGGAGGAAAACGGAGACAGUUCAACUUCCAUGCUACAGGACGAAGAGCAUGAGCAAACACACAACUCGCAAAAUGAAGAGCAGGAAGAGGAAACCGAACCCACAAAGCCAUCUACGCGCUUACCGCGAGUACAUAGUAUGAUGUGCGAAUUUUGCUUUAAGGAGUUUGAAUCGCUACCGGAAAAGAUCGAUCACACUGAAACGCACCGGACGGAGCAGAAACCGUUCAAAUGUUUCCAUAAUGGUUGCAGUAGCUCCUUCAAGGACCGUGUCGGUCUACGGUCACACGUACGCAUACACGCAACCGUGAAACGAUUUGGAUGUCGGUAUUGCUUGAUGCGCUUUCACACCCGUGGCAACCGAAACGCCCACGAACGGACACACAACGGUGAAAAGCCAUUUGUGUGCCCCAAGUGUGGUAAAGGAUUCGCAGAGGGUGGCAAUCUUAAGAAUCAUAUACGCUUCCACACCGGUGAACGACCGUAUCCUUGUACGAUGUGUGAUAAAUCGUACCGAACGCACUACUCCCGCGCGGUACACAUGCGCUCGCAUACGAACGAACGGCCAUUCCUGUGCCAUGACUGCGGGAAAGGAUUCUAUUCCACUGGGAAGCUGACGAUCCAUCAGCGAAUACACACCGGCGAGAGACCAUACGAUUGCGAUUCAUGCGAUGCACGCUUCAUAGACCGCUGCGGGUUGCGAAGGCAUAAAAUUAAGGUGCACUGAAAGUCUCACCGAGGGAUGAGAAACAAUUU